AUGCGCGUGCGGGGAAAGAACGGCCCGCCGCCGCCGGCGCCGCGCGGACAGGGCCCGGCGAACCACACCGGCGGCGGGGGGGAGAGGGUCGGUAGGGUGCAGAAACCGGACGUGGCUGCAAUGCAGCUUCAACUUCUACCCUAUGACGUCCUGCGCGACAUACUGUCACGGUUGUCGAUCAAGGAUGUCGUGAGGAUAAGCACACUUUCUGGUGAAUGGAGACAGCAGCGGAUAUGCCACCCAGAUCUGGUCUUCACCAAAGAUACCUUUGGCAUCAGUACAGACACGAAUACUGACCCAGACCUUGUCACCAAAGACUACUAUGGCAUCAUUAAAGACAUGAAUACUAAACGAGCAUCCUGGGCUGCUAAAUUCAUCGCUAAUGUGGACAGUGUAUUGCGCCCACUGUGUUCUACUCCAACUACCAUGACGCUGGAUAAGUUUGUUGUCAAAUUUGGCCUUCGCAUAAGGCACAAGUAUCACAUUGAUAGAUGGGUUAGAUUUUCCAUUGCGUUAAGGGCCAAGCACAUUGCUUUUGAUUUCACGGUUGAUGUCACUUGUUAUGGCGCUACAUAUGACAAGUACAAGUAUGUUUUCCCGCUGUGCAAUCUCAGUGGCCCAAACGGCUCUUGUGUCACAUCUCUUGAUCUAGGCUACGUAUGGUUAAAGCUGCCCCUCAGUUUCUCUGGACAGAAACUGUGCAGGUUACAGUACCUGCGUGUUCGCCAUUGUGAACUGGACAUGAUAGAUUUGCAUGCUCCAAAUCUUACCAAAUUUGAGUUUGAUGACCAUCCGAUGCAAACUGUGCUCACUCAAUCUUCAAAGUUGUCAGAGGCAAUUUUUGUGUCGAACUUGAGAGUACUCGACGGUUAUGAUGAUGUUCUGGAUUAUAUCUUCACUGAGCUUCCAACUGCGCUUCCUCAUGUGCACACACUACUUCUACUUUUGACUGUUAAUCAGGUAGAAAGGUUCAGUAACACCCACGAUUGCUUCAUGACUUUGAGGCAUCUGAACAUGAACCUUGAUAUCUUUCUCGGUCCAUAUGAUGACAGCUGGGUUAUGGGCUUUGUUAAUCUCUUGGAAUUAGCACCUCUCUUAGAAGAACUGGAACUGCAUAUGGAUCAUGAUAGAUUUUGCUCAGAAAAUCCGAGGACAGUGUUAGCGACGCAAGGGCCUCCGCAUCGUCAUCUCAAGAGUGUCUACAUGUCUGGAUUUUGUGAUGUAUUGGGGCUAGCCGAGCUGGCGCUCUACAUCCUUAGGAAUGCUACUGUGCUUCAACGUAUGGUAGUAGAUCCUGUGGCAGGGAUGAUGGAUAAUGCGUUGAUCGAACGUUUCUGUUCGGUCAGCAAUGGCGGUAGCAGUGAAGAUAUUGUUUUUCCAACCGAUGGGACUCGGAAAUACGUCAGCAAGAAGAGGAUGUUUGCAAAAAAUAACCUUGACAAAGAGGAGUUUUGUCGCGUCCUCACCAUUUUAUGA